AUGCAGUAUGAAUUCGGGGGCUUUACACAUACAGAUCUGCUGAAAAAGCAGUGUAAAAUGGGAAAAUAUUGGCAUACUGUCUCCCAGUCUUAUGAUUCAUUUACACCAGUCUGCUGCAGCUUGUGUACACUUCCUUCAGCAACAACCCUGAACAGUUUGAAAUUCGUUUUUAAACCCCAGCAGCGUGUCUACUUAGUCGCCUUCAAUGCUCACACACUGAAGCAAGCAGCACAACAGGUGGCUCUUGUCCACACUGAUGGAUGCUAUUUUCAUAAGAUACAAGACUCAACUACUAUGACUGCCCCCUCGCUCUCGUCCAGGUACCAACUGCGCACCUGUGGUGAUGCAAAGUACGCUGUAGCUGGGUAUACCGGCGUGGGUAUCGUAUUGAGCGACCGGGAGGAAGCUUCCCUACUUGAUUGA